AUGGAGGAGCAAACACGGGCUCAGGAAAAGCCGGCGCAGGAGACCGCCGCACCCAGCAACAGCGUCCCAGCACAGGAAAACAUUGUUCCUCACCACCCCCUACCCAACGCCUCCAACGGCUUCGAUACUAGCAUGCAAGCCGCGCCCAUGGAUCAGGUCCUUCCUGAAGGGUUGCAGGGGGUCAUUCCUGGAGGCGGAGAGCUGCCCCCUAACAUGCUUCCGGACAUGUUCCAAGCGACCCAGAUGUUCAUGCCUGAGCUUCUGCAACAAGGUGGACAAAUGUAUGAGAACAACGGCAUGCUGCAAGGCCUUCCCGUCGCCGCUCCUCCCGCCAUGAGCGCAGAUGAGAUUGCGCUCUAUGACCGUCAGAUUCGCCUUUGGGGCAUGAAGGCCCAGGAGAAGAUCCGCAACGCGAACAUCCUCCUCAUCACCAUGAAGGCUCUCGCGAAUGAGAUUGCCAAGAACCUCGUCCUCGCCGGUAUCGGAUCCCUGACCAUCCUCGACGGCGCUACCGUCUCAGAAUCAGACCUGGGCUCGCAGUUCUUCCUCUCCGAGGAGGAGAACCACGUCGGCCAGAACCGCGCACAGGCUGCGGCGGCCGCCAUUCAGAAACUCAACCCCCGUGUUCAGGUCCACGUUGACGCCGAGGGCAUCAAGUCCAAAGGCACGAGCUACUUCUCGGCGUUCGACAUCGUUAUUGCUACCGACAUGGACCCCGACUCCCUUAACAUCAUCAACACCGCCACCCGCUUGCACCAGAGAUCGUUCUACGCCGCCGGUACGCAUGGCAUGUACGGCUUCAUCUUCUCGGACCUGAUCGAGCACGACUACGUCAUCGAACGAGAUCUCGGCAACGUCGCAACGAAGCUGGCCCCCGAGACGAGAACCCGGAGUGUCAUUGCCGUCAACACAAAGAAGGAGGGCGGCAAGACGAUUGAGGUGGUCACGAAGCGUGAGCUCUACUCGACAUGGUACCUCGCUAGUGACGGUGCUACCCUGCCCGAGGAGUACGCAAAGAGCGCGAGGAGAAAGAAGGCAGUCAGCCCCGUCAUCUCCUGCCUGCGGGCGCUGUGGGACUUUCAAGUCCUCAACAGCGGUCGGCUGCCCAGCCACACCAAGGAGGACCUCGGUCUCUUCACAAAGCUUGCCACGGCCAAGCAUACCCAGCUGGGCCUCCCGUCCGAGACUCUGCGCUCCGAAGUCCUGCGCAGCUUCCUACAGAACAUUGGCAGCGAGAUGGCCCCGGUCACCGCCAUCCUCGGAGGUCAGCUCGCGCAGGACGUCAUCAACGUCCUCGGCCAGACCCAGCAGCCCAUCCAGAACAUGGUUAUUUUCGACGGUAACACCAUGGAGGCGUCGGUUCUCCCGCUGCACCCCGUCGGCGAGCUGGGCCGCGGUCUGCUCUCGCUCGCCGCGGCGGGCGGCCUCAUGCCGAACGGAGGAGGCAUGGUUCCCGGCGACCCCAGCAUGAUGAUGAGCAUGGACGGCACGGUGGACUUCAGCAACCAGAUUAUUACCCAGUAG